GGAUAUGAAAUCACGUUUGUGCCGGCUUGGGCAGGAGUCUCUCCGGUUGUUCGACUCAGCAGCACCAGCUUCCCGCCCAAGGGUUGAGGCAUUCGUUCCAUCCUCUACACACCGUAAGUCCUGUGAAAGAGAUACGACGUAUAUUAGAUGUCCGAUGGUACAAGACGUCUCUCGGACUUUGAUGACACGCUGUGGGGGUCAGCUGAAAUCGGGGAGAAUGUCCAACACCGACGUCAGACCUACGGAGCCGAUGGACACAGAUGGUCAGGGAAGAAGGACAAGGCAGUGCUAGCGAGAGCAGGUUUUACGUUUACUGGUAUCGGUGACAAGGUGGAGUGUGAACGCUGUGGUCUGAAGCUCCUCAACUGGACGGACACAGAUGACGCCCUACACGAACACGCCACCAGGAGGACUCACUGCCCCUUCAUCGUCUCCUUGUACCGGAAGCUGGGACAGACUCCGCCCCCAAAACAUCCCCAGUACCAACAUAUGCGGGCACGUCUAGACUCCUUCGCUGAUUGGCCGAGAAGAUAUGUGCCCAAAACUCCCGAGGAGUUGGCAGCAGCUGGCUUCUUUUACAUCGGGUCAGCUGACCGGGUCACGUGUUUCCAGUGUGGGAUAACUCUGAGAGACUGGGAGGAAGAACAUGAUCCUGUGGCCGAACAUCAGAGAUACUCUGAACACUGUCAGUUCAUCAACAAGACAGACCUGAACCAACUCGGAGUUGCUACGAGGACAGUGGAAGAAAAGAAGACCGAACACAAUGGACGAACUGACACAGACAGGCAGAAUUCAGUUAAUAACAAUCACGUUACCAACACCCCUGAGGCUUGCUCAAUACAAAGGACAUCAUCUUCGACCAAUGAACGUCUCAGACCAAUGGUUGGAGGUCUGAAUUUUUCAGCUUGUCAAAUACUUGAAGCGGAUUCCUCUGUAUCAAGAUCAUCACCUAUACAACCGACGGCUGGAGGAACUGACAGUUUGCCAAAGACUCACCCAUCUGUUUCAUGUUCCACAGAUCCACAGGCAUCGCAGCCAGGACGAGAAGGUUCACUUGUCACGCCUACCUCUCAGCGAUUGGUUGUCGAGAACAAACGUCUCCGUGAGAAAAGCGCGUGCAGGAUGUGUCGGAACGAGGCUGUUGGUGUACUCUUCUUGCCGUGCGGUCAUCUGGUCACGUGCUCUGGCUGUGCGCCAACGAUAACAGAUUGUAUAAUUUGUGGCAAAACCCUACUUGGAACAGUCAAAACGUUUUUCACCUAAUAGUGAUAUGUAUGAAAUGAUUCAGUUUCACAUAUUAAAACUCGAUUAAAACCCUG